AUGACUAGUGAUGAGAGUUUUGUAGCUCUUGUGCACUAUAGAUGGUCCAUUAAGAAGAAAACGCGAUCAGGAAUUAAGUUCACUGACAAGGACCCGCAAAGUGUUUUUCUCAAACCUUUGACCAAUUUCGCUGAGUUUAAUAAUACUAUACUCCAGAGACUAGGACUGCAUGGCGUGAAACGGGUGGAGAAGUUAUUCUAUCGAAUUCCGAUUUCUGUGUUACGUGAUGAUGUAAAGUAUGAUUCAUUCGUUAUUAGCAGUGACAAAGAUAUGCAGGUGCUGUUUCAUUGUCGCCGUCAGUUUCCUAAGAUGAGGACUCCAGAGUUGUUGGCAAAACUUGUGGAUGUGGCAUCUAGUUCUGGAGGCUCGAACAGGAAUAUGCACUCCACAGGACAUCUAGCCAGCUCUAGUGCAUUGCCUGUUGGAUCCUCGUCAGCAGUGCCGGUGAUUGCACCCGAGCCAGAUUUAGUGGCUUCACCAUCCUUUGCCGUCAAUCUAAAUUGCAGUUCUCCUCCGUGUGUUCCAGUAUUCGGAGAGGUUGGAGCACCCGAUGGGGUUGAGGAUGCAUUACAGGAUGAUGAUGAUGAUGAUGUGGAACCCGCAACGAUUACUGCUGAUGAUAGCGAGGAGGAGGCACCACGGACGACUUCACCUGUGGGUGGGGGUGCAUCUAGUUCAGGUACUAAUCAGUACCCCCCGCACUUCUCUGCUCUAGACUUGGAUGCCAUGGCACCUCAGGAGGAUCCCUCUGUACCUGUUGGCUUCGGGGCAAGAGACUAG